UGUUCAGCCAUAAUGCCUUUCUUCUGUUACUCAGUAAUCACGGGACAACAACAUAUCCUAAGGGUGAAAGUCCGGUCCAACCAGGAUGUGAACGAUCCUGCAGUAAAGGUGGCCAUCUUAGAGCAGAUCAAACAGAAAGUGAAGGAUCAAGGGAUGGCAGAGAACAUCACAGUGAAAUGGAGACAACAACCAGAUGGUGUGGUGUUUCACAAGAAGAAAGAAAAUCAGGCUGCAGUAGAAAAUGAAACCAGGGGAAAAUGUCUUUAAAACCUCUAAAUCUUUAUUACUUUUAAAUGAUUUUCUUUAGAUUCAUGCUCAUUUUGGAAUACCUGUCUAGCUUUUACAGGAAGAUUUUAGAUUAAAUUUAAAUUAAACAAAAUUGUCAAAAGUACUUAAAAUACUUCUGGUUUUACCUUUGUAUUGUCAUAAUAAGGUAAAUACUUAAUAUUGGAAUUUCAGACUAUAACGUCAAUUGUAAGUACACAAUAAGCACCUCUGGAAGCUAUAUUAAGGGAUUUGAGCCCUGUGAAUGUUUGAAAUUUUAAUAUAAAUAAUCUGUAGUGUAAUAUCAAGUCAAGUCAAGUCAAGCCUUGUUGUCAUUCUGCUACAUGUGUGGACAUAUAGUUGAACGAAAUGUUGUGUCUCGCAGGACCAUGAUGCUACAAAAUUUGUAAUUUGUAAUACAUAAUCUGUAAUUUGUACUUCAAACUGUAAUAAAAAUUCAAUUAUUGUA